AUCAUACUCGAGCUUGAAGAGGGGGGGCCAGGGAUAUCGCAGCAGUCGGAGCCAGACAUCGAGACGAGGGAAGAAUUAGUGGAAAACGCACCCGCUUCACCAAUCGCUUUCCCUGGUAGCGAUACUCUUAUCCGGGAAGCGUUCAUGAAAAAAGGAGCAUCUCAGGAGGCCGCUGAAAUGAUGUUAAAUUCCCUGUCACCAAAGACUAUACAACAAUAUAGCAAACCCAUCAAACUUUGGUGGGAAUUCUGCCAAAGAAAUAAUCUCGACAUUUUUUGCGACUCAACUCCAGCUGCCUUACAAUUCUUCACUGAGACUGCGAGAACCACUCGCUCAUAUAGUACGCUGAACGUUUACCGAUCAGCAGUAUCUCUGCUAAUGGACAAUAAAAUCGGCAAAGAUCCCAGCAUCACUAGAUUUUUUAAAGGCGUACACACGACCAAACCAUCACAGUCUAGGUACGAUGCGACCUGGGACCCUCAACUUGUUCUUCAAUAUUUGUCAACCUUGUAUCCAAACGAUACCUUAACCUUGGAAAAGUUGACCAUGAAGUUAACGACUCUUCUAUCUCUCAUCACGGCUCAAAGAAUCCAAACAUUGAAGGCGAUCCGUUUAGAAAAUAUUAAUCUAGAGAGAGAACCUAUCCAAAUCAAAAUUACAGACCGACUGAAGACAACAGGCAGAACGAGAUACCAACCGCUCCUUGAAAUACCCUCGUUUGAAAAUCAACCGGAAUUGUGUGCAGCAGGAGUACUUCGCACUUAUAUACAAAAAACGGAAAAAAUAAGAAAAGGCGACAAAACCAAGGGUUACCUCUUGCUCACAUAUAAAAAACCCCACCAGGCCGCGACAACAGCAAGCAUAAGUCGAUGGAUCAAAGAUACACUCAAUAAGAGUGGUAUCAAUACCGACAUCUUCACAGCCUACAGCACUAGGCACGCAUCGACAUCAGCCGCAGCAAGACGUGGGAUUAAUAUUGAAAUUAUAAGGAAAGCAGCGGGAUGGACCGCUAAUUCUUCAGUAUUUGGAAGAUUUUACAAUCGUCCGUUAAUACAGUCAGAAUCGUUCGCAGCAGCCGUCAUUCAAAACUGAAAAAUUAUAUUACCCUUGAAUUUUUUAUUUUUCUAUUCCUAAUGUCUUAUUUCUCUCAAGCACUAUAAGUUUUUCUUCCAAUAAACUAAACUUUUGUUCAUCACUCGUUGAAUGAUAUUGUUGCUAUAAUAAAUAUAAUAACACAAAAUCGCUCCACGCUUUAAACAUCUACGUAUUUGAUCUAGAAGGACGAGG